AUGCCUCUUUCUACAACAGUCAUUGGAAGUUUCCCAAAACCUGUUUAUCUUAAGAUCCCAGACUGGUUUCGGACGACUCAUUCAGGCCCUUUCACAGAACAACAUAAUCUUUUUCUGCAGCAGUCGUCGGAAUGUGAAAGAGAGGAAGCAAUUAAGAGAGCAACCAAAGAAAUAGUCGGGAUACAAACCGAAGCGGGAAUCGAUGUGAUCACCGACGGUGAAAUUCGCCGUGAGUCGUACAACCGUCAUUUUUGAAGAGGCCUGAACGGGUUUGAUUUUCAUAAUUUGUUUUCGAAGGUCUGUCGUGACGGUGCUAUUACAACCGAUGUCCCUCGGAUUGUCGGAGAAGUGUCGCUGCGUCAGGGAGAUCCUUGGGUGUGGAAAGAGUGGAGAGCCUCGCAGGAUUUGGCAAGUGUGCCCAUGAAAAUCACCCUACCGGGUCCCAUGACAAUAAUCAACUCCACCGAGGAUCAAUUUUAUGGAGACGAAAAGGUUCUGGGCAGAGUUCUGGCGAGGAUAAUUAACAACGAGAUUCAGGCUGUUCUACAUGCUGGAUGUAAAUAUAUUCAGGUAUAGAAAAAGACUUUUUUUAAAAAAAUUGUAUUAAAAUGCUGGGUAUCUGAGAAUAAGGAAAAGCAGUUCGGUCGUCACGCAAUGACUCAGCUGUCAUCGGAUCAGUCACACAACUGACCUGUGAUUAAUGCGAGGAUCGUCGCGCGUGACGAGCUUAACAAACGCUGGUGGCUUAAACAACGGUAAUUACCCUUUUGAUUUUGUAGUGUAUGUACUUCAAUUAACUUUUAUCGUCUAAACCGUUUGACGCAUGUUUAUCCGCUCUGGGAUAAACCCUAUACGGAUUGGCGUGGGUCAUCAUCGAUCAUGCCGCUGUCGACCACAGUGAUAGGUUCCUUUCCGAAGCCUCCUUAUCUAAACAUCCCAGACUGGUUCAAUCCGAAGAGUAUGAAAGAUUUUGCUGAAAAACAUACGCGGUUUCUUCAAGAUGAACCAUCACCCGAGAGAGAAGAGUUGAUCAGCAGAGCGAUAAAAGAAACGUUCAACUGCAAUGGGAAGCAGGACUUGAUGUGAUCACCGAUGGAGAGAUGAGGCGAGAAAAUUACAUUAAUCAUUUCUGUAGGAAGCUGAAAGGUUUUGAUUUUCUCACCUUGUUUUCUAAAGAAAUUCGCUCGGAUGCUAGCACCAUUCUUGUCCCUAGAAUAAUCGGAGAAGUUUUACCCGAAGAAAAUCAACCCUGGGUGUGUGAGGACUGGAAAAAUACACAGGAUUCAUUCAAGGAUUUGCCCAUGAAAGUUACCCUCCCGGGCCCAAUGACAAUUGUUGACACGGCUGCAGAUCAGUACUAUCAUAACAGCAAGAGUUUAGGCAAUGUUUUAGCAAAAAUUAUAAAUAGGGAAAUCAAGGCGCUUGAAUCAUCGGGCUGUAAAUAUAUUCAGGUAAGAGAUGAGUUAGUAGGGAGGGGUGGGAAACCUGAGGGGUGGAGGGGUGGAUAAAAAUUAGUCCAUCUGUCACCAGUUUAGGGUAAAGUAUCCCUUGUACAAGUGGAGGUCCAUGUGAGACUGAGAAUCUCGUAAAUAUUGAAUACUCAUAUUGGAACUUAAUUAAGGCUAUGGCUGGUUCUUAUAACCUGGGGAGGUUAAACAAGGUAUAAAUUAAAUUUGUGUACUUAAUAGAAACAGACAAGUGGUAAGAAUAUCAGCCACUCAUGAGUUUCAACCCCUUAUGAGUUUCUGGCACUCAGUGUAGUAUUGUUGUGUAUUAUUCACUGAUACAACACUUUCAUUGAGAAUUUUUUUUUUUUUUUUAAGAUUGGGUGAUCAAUAACUCCCCACUCCACAAACUAUAAAGGGAAUGGGUACAAGCUUCCCAGGGGUGGGGGAGCUUACUUGGGUUAAUUUUUGCUGGGUAUGUGCCACUUUCCUCUCAGAACCCCUACCCCAUUAUAGUCUUUUCUGUGGCCAACUAUAGACCCCAUCUUAGUCACUUUUGGAAAAUGUAAUUUUCACGAUCCCAACUUGGCAACUUUCUGUUUAUGCAUCUACUUUAUAAAGCCUCUUGACCAGGUCUUCCUGAAAUGAAUUGACACACUGGUUAAUGUGGUGAAAAUCUUCCCCAAUGUAAAUCCCUGCCUACCUGAAUUUUCUGAUCCCCCAAAUCUGGAAAAUGUGCGAUCCCAUUCUAGUAACUCUAAGGAAAAUGCAACCCCAUUUUAUUCAAUCCAGGAUUGAAAAUGUGACCCCAUCCAGUGGCACAUCUUCAUUAGCCUAUUACUAGGAAGUACUCCCCCCUGCCCCGGGCAAGCUUCCAGCACAACAAUUUCUGGGAUCUCUUGAGUGAAUAAAAAGAGACCACGCACUAGCAGUCUAAGUCAGAGCCAAUACUCUUGGCCACUUAUAAGUUGUCCAAUAUGUGGAUAGCGCUAUCCAUUGGAUAAAUCUCUACCCAGAUUGCAUCUGAUAAGUAUUUGGAAAAGCAACAAGAUUAACCAGUGCCUAUGCAUGGAUAGAGAUUUUUCCAGCAGGUAGCAUUAUCGAACAACUGGAACCAGACAUGAGCCAGACAUUGCUAAAAGCACAGUAUUAAAAGGUUUUACAGUACUGUUUGCUAACUGUCAGUAUAUUAUAUAAAUUCAAUUUAAGUAAUGUCUGAUACUCGUAAUGGUAUAGGUGGAUGAGCCUGUAAUGAUGCGAUAUCCUGACCAAGCACUAGAAUAUGGAAUUGAUCAGCUGUCGUCCUGUUUUGAUGGAGUUUCAGCUCCAGAUGUUGUGAAGACUGUUCAUUUGUGCUGUGGUUACCCAGACUACCUGGUAAGAAAGUCUGCUAACUAUAAUUUUAUUGUGAAGAAUUCAAACAAAAUUUUAGAAUAGUCAGUGGUAGUCUAUCCCCCAUUGGAGAUAACGACUGAGGGAGAUUUGGUAAACAGUGUAUUUGGUGAAUGAAUUAAAUCCCCUUAGAGGCUCAGUCUCCAACCUUGGGUGUCUCGAUGCACCCACGGUAUGUGACAAACAAAAAGUUGGCUCGGCUAGAAGCAGUAACCUUGUGAUGGUAGAGUCACCCUCUGAGUGCUUUCAACUUUUCUCCAUAUAAAUUCUUUGGCUCACCCAGCCAAUCAGAGCAGGCACGAGUGCUGUUGGUUCGAGCGACCGAAGGAGUCGACUUCUUACUCUUUUAAAUGCUUCCUAAAGUUGAUUCUGCUGGGAGGGUGAUCCUUCUACCCUGAACAGGUUUUCUCCAUGUAAACUGGACCUAAGAAGGAGCCCAUAAGAUAGACUGUUCACAGUCCCCUAUUUUUCCGUGUGAUCAUCGAGAUCGGGCGCGUCGUACCGUUAAUGGGGGCCAUCUAAGUAGAUUUGAUACUCUUCCCCAGGUUAGACUCGGUACAACUGAAAAUCAAGAUGGCCGCCAUUAAUGCUAAGAUGCGCUCGAUCUUGGAUAUUUUCGGGUAUUUAAAGAAUACCCAUAAAAAUCCCAAAUUUGGCAAAGUGAGACAAGUCCCAGCGAGGGAAUUCCCAACCAAGUUCCCUGAUUGGGACUUGUCUCACUCAUCCAAAUUGGGAUUUUUGUGGGUAUUCUUUAAAUACCCUAAAAUAUCCAAAAAUGGGAAUCUGUUGUUUUUUCCUGUGAUCUCGACGAUCUCACGGAAAAAUAGGGGACUGUGAACAGUCUACCCAUAAGAUGUCCUGGCCUAAGAUGUUGCAUGAAUUUGCUGUUUUCUUAGGAUCAAGAGGACUACAAGAAGGCCGAUAAGGACGUCUAUAUGAGACUGGCUGAUAAGCUGGAUGCUGCAGGGUUUGAUGAAAUCUCUAUUGAGGAUGCUCACAGGCACAACGACUUGUCUUUAUUUAAGCAUUUUAAGAAAAGCAAGGUAACUGUUUGAUCGUUUGUCACUCUGGGGGUAAAUGGUUUAAACCUGUUUGUCAUGUCAUAGGUCCUGGCAUAGGAUACUGGAAGGGGACUCCCUAUGAUGGCCUAUACGGGGAUGGUCUGCCCGAAAGGGGUACCUUUUUCGACUUCAUGUAUAUGAAAGCGUAGGGAUUUCAUUUUUUGAAGAAUAUAAAAGGUAGGGAAAUGUGUCGUUUUGGACUCUAAAAGUAGCUGAAAGGGCUAACAGAAGAAUUUUAUGGUUGUGAAAAAGUCGAGAAAAUGUCCUGUUUUUGAGAUUAAUUAUUGAUAUUUUAUCGACAGUGCACUUACAGCGGUUAAAAGAGGUGCAAAGUUCUAAACUAGGUGUGUAAAAGGGGUACCGUUUUUUUAAAGAAAGGUAUUCGUAAGUGGUGCCUUUUCACUGUAAGCAGAUCGAAGUUUUUUCAGGCAUGCAUGAUUUUUAGCAUUUACGAACUGAGUCGUUCGCGUUGCUGACAUUCGCUUAAUCGGCUUGCUUUUUUUUUUAAAAAAAAAGCCAAGUACGUGAAUGUCAGCGACGCGAACGGCCGCGAACGACAAAUUAUGCCGGAAAGAAACCUCUGCUAGAAGGGUAGUUCCGAGUGAGUGUAGGCCUAAAAAGGACUGUCAUUAACGAUGAUUGACGUUUGGACAACCUGUGCAGUCAAGUCAUCUUCAAGGUCAAAGUGAUUGUUUGUUGAGUUAUUAUAAAGGGUAUUUAACACUGGUUUUCACCUUAUAAACAAAUUAGCCGCGAUGCCAUUGGUUGUCUCAUAGUAAAAGACCGAAUAUGCUAUUGGCAUAGGAAAGAUCCCGAUUUUACAUCUGUUCUCACCCUGUUAUUUUCAGAUAAAUUCUUAUGAUACUUUUGCAAGAACACGUGACUGAAUAUACUUAACUAAACAUUUUAGACAGAAAUUAUCCUCUCAGAACACGUUUCAGAGCAUCAAGAUUACAAAACUUUCCGGUGGAGGAUGCCCCUAGACCGCCCUCCGACUCGCGCCAUCGGCGCUCUUGUGAUUCGUCGGUAAUUAGAAAUAUCCCAAUCUUACGCACUCAAAAAAUCAUUGUUGGAGGACAGUCUGUGGUUAUGAAGACUCUAAUCGCAAGCGACGCAUUUUAGUCCUCCGCAGUUUCCUGUUUUUUAAUAUCUUUUUGUGUAGUUUGUUACUCAAAUUUGUCGGCUAACUUUAAUUACUUGUCGUCUUUGUCGAAUUUUCAAAAUUCUUAUAUCAAUGUGGUAAUGUAUCUUUUUACAAUGUUCUUGUGAAAUACAUUAUAGGUUAUCUAAUUUCCUGUAGGGAAGUUUAAAAUAAAAUUUUUUCGUCACAAAACAAAAUUUUGUACUGUUUAGCCCCCAGUACAGUCAUGCGAUUUGAUUUGAAACCUAAGGCGAAACCUCGAGCAUCAAUUAUAUGAAAACGCAUCAUCAUUAUCAUCAUCAUCAUCAUCAUCAGUUCUAAAAGCCUAUGAAAAAGUUCCUUACGUUUGGGGGAUCCAGAUAAAUUUCGUUCUUUUUAUUCAACAGUCAACAUGUUUAAGUUAUUAUUACAGUUUCUAAUUUUACUAACUAAGUCAAUUCUUGGCCGAUUACUGCAGCCAGAAGCAGUCCAUUAUCCCAUGAAAGGUAGAUCACUUUAGCGGGGUCCUCGUCAGUCGCCUACUUUUUUUGGAACAGUAAUGCGUGUUCUUGUUUGUCUUCGAAUCGACAAGGAGAAAUGAAGGAGCCAAGGCCAGCGGCUUAAUGUCCAUGCCCAAUCACGUGAUGAUCUUAAGUCCCCUACAUGAUUACAUGCAUGAUCGUACGAGAUUUGAACCUCUCUAUGGGCACAUGAGAACGUCGUUUUGGUCUCACGUUUUCCAUCAAAUCGUCGGUUUUUCGACGAAAUCGUCGCAUAUGAAGAAUUGUUUGCUAUGUACCGUUACUAACGAGCUCGAGCGACAACGACCAAGGAAACUAGAAGAUAAAAAAAGCAAAGCAAAACAACAGAAAACUCUGAACGUGCACGACUAACCUUGUCAGUCUUGAUGGGAAUGGCAACGCAAUCGUCGCUUUAAUCUCAAAGAUCUUCGUUUCAUCAAUAAUUACGAUCGUCGAGACUUUGAUUUUGCCUGAAGUACCCAUAGGGAGGCUGGGAUUUUGGUUGGUGGUCCGGCCGGGAUUAUAGAACCCGCGAGCUCCGAUCCCGCUCAGCAGCCUGGCGCUUUUUCAACGUAUAUACGGAGUGAAGUGACAUUUCUUAUUACCCUCUUAAUCCACAGAUUGUGCUUGGAAGUGUUAAGAUUGCCAGUAGCCGGGUGGAAAGUGUAGAAGAGAUUCGCCAACGUCUUCAGGAAGUUUUAACAGUUUUGCCACCUGAACGUUUAGUUGUUGCUCCUGACUGCGGUUUAGGGUUUCUACCCACUGAAAUUGCUAGGAAGAAAUAA